CCAGCGUGGAUGCAGCGACAAAGAAAGGAAACACAGCAUUGCACAUAGCAUCCCUCGCUGGGCAAGCAGAAGUAGUCAAAGUGUUGGUUACAAAUCGGGCCAAUGUCAAUGCACAGUCUCAGAAUGGUUUCACUCCACUGUAUAUGGCAGCCCAAGAAAACCACCUGGAGGUUGUUAAGUUUCUUCUUGACAAUGGUGCCAGUCAAAGCCUUGCCACAGAGGAUGGUUUCACACCUUUGGCAGUAGCUUUGCAGCAAGGUCAUGACCAGGUGGUUUCGCUGUUGCUUGAAAAUGAUACGAAGGGAAAAGUCCGUCUUCCUGCUCUUCACAUCGCCGCUCGGAAGGAUGAUACAAAGGCAGCAGCUUUGCUCCUGCAGAAUGACCACAAUGCUGAUGUGGAGUCAAAGAGUGGGUUCACGCCGCUCCACAUAGCUGCUCACUAUGGAAAUAUCAAUGUAGCUACAUUGCUGUUAAAUCGGGGUGCUGCUGUGGACUUCACUGCAAGGAAUGAUAUCACACCAUUGCAUGUUGCAUCGAAGAGGGGAAAUGCAAAUAUGGUCAAACUCCUACUUGAUCGAGGAGCUAAAAUUGAUGCCAAAACAAGGGAUGGGUUGACUCCCCUCCACUGUGGAGCAAGAAGUGGCCAUGAACAAGUUGUAGAAAUGCUGCUGGAUCGUGGUGCCCCUAUUCUUUCCAAAACCAAGAACGGUUUGUCUCCGCUGCACAUGGCAACGCAAGGAGAUCAUCUAAACUGUGUUCAGCUCCUGAUCCAGCACAACGUGCCUGUAGAUGACGUCACUAAUGACUAUCUGACUGCGCUGCAUGUUGCUGCCCACUGUGGCCACUACAAAGUAGCCAAGGUUCUCUUGGACAAGAAAGCUAAUCCUAAUGCCAAAGCACUGAAUGGUUUUACACCUCUGCACAUUGCCUGCAAGAAGAACAGAAUAAAAGUAAUGGAACUUCUUCUGAAGCAUGGUGCAUCAAUCCAAGCUGUGACUGAGUCGGGCCUAACUCCAAUCCAUGUUGCUGCCUUCAUGGGACAUGUAAAUAUUGUAUCGCAGCUAAUGCAUCAUGGAGCAUCACCCAACACUACCAACGUGAGAGGAGAAACAGCGCUGCACAUGGCUGCCAGAGCUGGCCAAACAGAGGUUGUUCGAUACCUAGUACAGAAUGGAGCUCAGGUGGAGGCUAAAGCUAAGGAUGACCAAACACCACUGCACAUUUCUGCUCGACUGGGAAAAGCAGAUAUAGUACAGCAGCUGCUACAGCAAGGAGCAUCUCCAAAUGCGGCUACAACGUCUGGCUAUACGCCCCUGCAUCUUUCUGCUCGAGAAGGGCAUGAAGAUGUAGCUUCUGUUCUUUUGGAUCACGGUGCAUCUUUGGCUAUCAUUACCAAGAAAGGAUUUACUCCUCUACACGUGGCUGCAAAAUAUGGGAAAAUUGAGGUAGCAAACCUCUUGCUUCAGAAGAAUGCAUCUCCUGAUGCUUCUGGAAAGAGCGGUUUAACACCACUGCAUGUAGCUGCACACUACGAUAAUCAAAAAGUGGCACUCCUGCUGUUGGACCAGGGAGCUUCACCUCACGCAUCUGCCAAGAAUGGCUAUACGCCACUACACAUAGCUGCCAAGAAAAACCAGAUGGACAUAGCAACUACACUGUUGGAAUACGGUGCUGAUGCCAAUGCUGUAACCAGACAGGGUAUUGCCCCUGUACAUCUGGCCUCUCAGGAUGGCCACGUGGACAUGGUGUCGUUACUUCUUUCUAGAAAUGCUAAUGUAAAUCUCAGCAACAAGAGCGGGCUGACACCACUCCACCUGGCUGCUCAGGAGGACAGAGUCAAUGUAGCAGAGGUUCUUGUUAACCAAGGAGCUGCUGUUGAUUCACAGACAAAGAUGGGAUACACUCCUUUGCAUGUUGGCUGCCACUACGGAAACAUAAAGAUUGUUAACUUCCUUCUGCAACAUUCUGCAAAAGUCAAUGCCAAAACGAAGAAUGGGUACACGCCGCUGCACCAGGCUGCACAGCAGGGACACACCCACAUCAUCAACGUCCUGCUCCAGCACGGCGCGGCACCCAACGAGCUCACUGUGAAUGGAAACACUGCCCUUGCCAUCGCAAAGCGACUUGGCUACAUUUCAGUCGUUGACACAUUGAAGGUGGUGACAGAAGAGACCAUGACUACAAUUACUGUUACAGAAAAGCACAAAAUGAAUGUACCUGAAACGAUGAAUGAAGUUCUCGAUAUGUCUGAUGAUGAAGUUCGUAAAGCCAAUGCCCCUGAAAUACUCAGUGAUGCUGAAUAUUUGUCAGAUGUUGAAGAAGGUGAGGAUGCAAUGACAGGUGAUACGGAUAAAUAUCUUGGACCCCAGGAUCUAAAAGAGUUGGGAGACGAUUCUUUGCCCGCUGAAGGAUACAUGGGCUUUAGCCUGGGAGCCCGCUCCGCCAGCCUCCGCUCCUUCAGUUCGGAUAGGUCCUACACGCUGAACAGAAGCUCUUAUGCCCGAGACAGCAUGAUGAUUGAAGAGCUGCUGGUACCAGCAAAGGAUCAGCACCUGACAUUUCAAAGGGAGUUUGAUUCUGAUUCUCUCAGACACUACAGCUGGGCUGCAGACACCUUGGACAAUGUUAACCUUGUUUCAAGUCCCAUCCAUUCUGGUUUCCUGGUUAGUUUUAUGGUUGACGCCCGCGGGGGCUCGAUGAGGGGUAGUCGCCAUCAUGGAAUGCGGAUUAUCAUCCCACCACGCAAGUGCACUGCACCGACCCGCAUCACCUGCCGCCUGGUGAAGAGGCAUAAACUGGCCAGCCCACCACCAAUGGUUGAAGGAGAAGGAUUAGCAAGUAGACUUGUAGAAAUGGGGCCAGCAGGGGCACAAUUUCUAGGCCCUGUCAUAGUGGAAAUCCCACAUUUUGGAUCAAUGCGAGGAAAGGAAAGAGAAUUAAUCGUGCUUCGAAGUGAAAAUGGUGAAACAUGGAAGGAACACCAGUAUGACAGCAAACAUGAAGACUUAACUGAAAUACUCAAUGGCAUGGAUGAAGAGCUGGACAGUGUUGAGGAGCUAGAGAAGAAGCGUAUCUGCAGGAUUGUCACAAAGGAUUUCCCUCAGUACUUCGCAGUGGUCUCACGAAUCAAGCAGGAGAGUAACCAAAUCGGCCCGGAGGGAGGGGUGCUGAGCAGCACAACAGUGCCGCGUGUCCAGGCGUCCUUCCCUGAGGGUGCUCUAACCAAAAGAAUCCGCGUGGGGCUCCAGGCUCAACCAGUUCCAGAGGAGAUUGUUAAAAAAGUCCUUGGAAAUAAAGCGACUUUCAGUCCCAUCGUCACUGUGGAGCCAAGAAGAAGAAAAUUUCAUAAGCCAAUAACCAUGACAAUUCCUGUGCCACCUCCAUCAGGAGAAGGUGUAACCAAUGGGUACAAAGGAGACACGACGCCCAGCCUUCGACUUCUAUGUAGCAUUACAGGAGGUACUUCACCUGCACAGUGGGAGGACAUCACAGGCACCACUCCGCUGACGUUUUCAAAUGACUGUGUCUCAUUCACAACCAAUGUUUCAGCCAGAUUUUGGCUUGCAGACUGCCAUCAAGUACUAGAGACUGUUGGGCUGGCAACACAGCUUUAUAGAGAAUUAAUAUGCGUUCCUUACAUGGCAAAGUUUGUUAUAUUUGCCAAAAUGAAUGACCCUGUGGAAUCCAAUUUGCGUUGCUUCUGCAUGACUGAUGACAAAGUGGACAAAACUUUGGAGCAACAAGAGAAUUUUGAAGAAGUUGCAAGAAGCAAAGACAUUGAGGUUCUGGAAGGAAAACCUAUUUACGUUGAUUGCUAUGGAAACCUGGCCCCUUUGACUAAAGGAGGACAGCAGCUUGUUUUUAAUUUUUAUGCUUUCAAAGAAAAUAGACUGCCAUUCUCUAUCAAGGUAAGAGACACCAGCCAGGAACCCUGUGGACGAUUAUCAUUUUUGAAAGAACCAAAGACUACAAAAGGACUGCCACAAACAGCUGUUUGCAACUUGAAUAUCACUUUGCCAGCACAAAAAAAGGAAACAGAGUCAGAUCAAGAUGAUGAGACGGAGAAAGCCGACCGGCGUCAGAAUUUUGUCUCCCUUGCUUUACGUAAGCGCUACAGCUAUCUGACUGAGCCUGGAAUGAGUCCACAGAGUCCAUGUGAACGGACAGAUAUAAGGAUGGCAAUUGUAGCCGAUCACCUAGGACUUAGCUGGACAGAACUGGCAAGAGAACUGAAUUUUUCUGUGGAUGAAAUAAAUCAAAUCCGAGUAGAAAAUCCAAAUUCUCUUAUUGCUCAAAGCUUCAUGUUAUUAAAAAAAUGGGUUACCAGAGACGGGAAAAAUGCUACAACUGAUGCCUUAACUUCUGUAUUGACAAAAAUUAAUCGAAUAGAUAUUGUGACCCUAUUGGAAGGACCAAUAUUUGAUUAUGGAAAUAUUUCAGGCACCAGAAGUUUUGCAGAUGAAAAUAACGUUUUUCAUGAUCCCAUUGAUGGUUAUCCCUCCAUUCAAGUGGAACUGGAAACUCCCACUGGGUUGCGCUUCGUGCCGCCCACCCCUUUCCAUCAGGACGAUUUCUUUAGCGACACCUCUAGCCUAGAGUCACCCCUUAGAACUCCCAGUAGACUGAGUGACGUGGUAGUGACCUCCCAGGGACAUGUAGAUGGUACAGCAGCAACACCGCCAGUGGUGACUGAAGAAGAUACUUCUCUGGACGACAGCAAACUCGAUUUCUCAGUGCCUAGAGAAGGAACACCCAAAGAUAUUUCUGUAGGCCAGAGCCAGUUGGAGGAAGUGGACCUUAAAGAUUAUCCGCGGUAUCUUGGUAGUUAUGGCGGGAUACCAAAGGAUGCUAAACAAAAGCAGAGUGAAGAGACUAGCAGAACAGGAAUAAGGACUGAACAGCCUGAGAGAGAAAAGUCUGGUAGUGAUGAGGAGAUGACGGAAGAAAAGUUUAAAUCUCUGUUUGAGGACAUUCAUCUGGAAGAAGGAGCUGAGUCUGAGGAGAUGACGGAAGAGAAAGUAUGGUCAAUUCUUAAAGGUGUUCAGCAAGCAGAACGCGAAAUGUCUUCAAUUACAGGUUGGCAAACCGACUCGUCAAGUGUCACUGAACCACCAACGUCGGGACGCAGAAUAGGUGGUAGCCUGCUAGAUCGUCUGGAUGAUAGCUUGGACCAAUGUAGGGAUUCUGUUACCUCAUAUGUCAAAGGAGAAGCAGGGAAGCCAGAAACAAAUGGAAGCCUUUCUGAAUCCACAGCUGAGAUGAAAACUAAAUCCUAUGUCCAAGAAUCUUUAAACGAUGUGGGAAAACCCAGUGACAAAGAAGCCCUGAAAACAAAGCCCCAACUUUCAGCUGGUACUGAUGAGCAAAGGUUAUCAUCAACCACAUAUCAGAAAUCUGUGGAAGAGACUAGCAAGCCAACAACAGAAGGCAACAAAACAUCUGUGCCUGUCAGUGUGAAGAAGAUGAGCUGGAGUUCUUCAGAAGAUGGCAAGCCAAGAGCAAGCAUCCAAGAGGAGGAGGGAGCAGUAACGUCUGAACAGAAGGGUGAGGAAGCAAAAAACAUUCCUGGUGAAUCUGUAACAGAGGAGCAGUUUACCGACGAAGAAGGCAACGUCAUCACAAGAAAACAGGGUGAAGCUUACAAGGUUAAGACAAAGAAAGAAGUCAGACAUGUGGAGAAGAAAAGUUACUCAUGAAAGUUGAAAGCCAACCACUGAACGGACUGUGUGCUUUUACUGCCAGUAUUCUGGAAGAAAAAUCAACAGGAAUUAAACAUUCACCUAUAAAAGUGUGCGUGUGUUUGCUGCUUCCACACAUUAACCGCAUGGUUUUUAUGCAAAAACAAAAACAAAACAAAACAAAAAAAAUUAAUUUAGCAUGAGCCAAUUUACAGAGCAUGGAAAUUCACUUUCAUUCACAGGAUUGGAGAGUGCACAGUUAACAAUGCAGUGUAUAUACAAGAUGCCAUGCUGUUAACAGCUUAUUUCAAGCAGUUUGAUGUCAUUACAAAAUAAAUAAAUUCCUGUGGCCAGAGGGGAUGUAUGAAGACGAAAUGGUUAAACCAUGGAAAGACACUAAAAUUACUAAAAUCCACAACAGCUCGCCUUAUUUUUCUUGGACCCAAACUGUCAGGGUAUAAAACACUGUUUGUUUCUUUUUUAAACAUCAAUAGUUUUGCUGUAAAUAAAUAACACUGUAUAAAUUCUAACAAAUAGAAUAAAUGUUGAUAAGGCACUGCCUUUUCAAUCACAAACAGAAUACUGCGAAUGCAUUGAGCAGGCUAGGUGUCUCAAGUGGCUACACCUACAGGGAUAUUCUGGGUGUAUCUUCACAGAUUCUUGUAUAUUAGCAAUUAUAAUGUUUGUAUAUGCAAAAACGCUAGCUUGAUUUUAAAAAAAUCUUUAAAAUCUGCUGCAAAUUUAAAUGAUUCCCAAAAUGAGGAAUUCUGUAGUUCUGUGAAAAUUUUUCUUCAGAGUACUAAUAUUUUGAUGCAUGUUUCACCUUAUUUUGAUUAAAUCUUUUCCAGUUUUGCAAACACUAUACUGCAACAUGAAAAAUAAGAUUUUAUCUGUAAACACAAAGCCCUUCAUCUAAUAUUUGUUGCUGUUGCCAAUUUUUCAAUGAAAUGACCUAAAAACCAUAACAUAUACAGUAGUUGCAUUAUGGGGAGGGGGGUGCUAUCUGUUCUCGCUUUAUAAUGGGGGUAAUGCUUGCAGCUUUAGAAGUGGGUUGGUGCUCUGACGGGCACAAGUUUGGGAUAUUUUUAAAUGAACUGAAGAGAAAUUACUAGCUAAUAGACUGGCAGCACGCUGUAAAAUUAUUACUGUAUUGUGUACUGGCUAUAAGAUGUAGAAUCUUUCAGUAAGCCAAUCAUCUGUAAUCAUCCUAGCAGUGUAAUAUUAGGUUGUUAAGGCUGCUGUGUUUUAAAGGGCAUUUUUAUUUGGGUUUUGGUGAAAUACUUUGAUUUGUUGAUUAUAUUCAUAUGGAAACAGCAUUCAUUGAUAAUAGCUCUAAUUACAUAUGUAUGAAAACAACAAACACUGGAUGAUCUAGUUGAUUAUUUAAGCAUAAAAUAAAUUGUGUUAAAACUCUUGGAUAACGUGUAUGUGGCAGUG